AUGUCCAACAAUGAUGAGUACUCUUCCACAGUUUUCCUUACCAAGCCACCUCAACCAGCCACCUCAACCUCCACUACCAACACCAUCAAAGCUCUACUCGUCACCCUAUUUAUCUCCAUUGUUAGUACAGUUAUAAAACUUCAAAGGAGAGCUGCUCUCAAAAAAACCAGCAAAAUUCUCCCACUACCUCCCGGCCCAAAACCCUGGCCAUUCGUCGGAAACAUACCGGAAAUGAUCCGGUAUAGACCUACUUUCCAGUGGGUUGAUCAACUCAUGAAAGAAAUGAAAACCGAUAUUUGUCUUAUUCGUUUCGGAAGAACUAAUGUUAUUCCUGUCAAUUGUCCAAUUAUUGCACGUGAACUGCUCAAGAAAAACGACGCCAUUUUCUCUAACAGGCCAAUGAUUCUUUCUGCUAAAGAAAUGAGUGGUGGUUAUCAAACUACCAUUGUUGUCCCUAACAAUGAUCAGUGGAAGAAAAUGAGAAAAAUAUUAACUUCAGAAAUUAUUUCACCUGCUAAACAUAAGUGGCUGCACGACAAAAGAAGUGGCUGCACGACAAAGAACAGAAGAAGGCUGUAAUCUGCCUGUAUUUUAUAUUCCAUAAACCAGUACGGCCAAACAAUUAAUGUCAAUUUGCGACUUGCUGCAAGGCAUUAUUGUGGAAUGUGAUAAGGAAAAAUGAUGUUCAGUAAAAGAUACUUUGGCGGAAGCAAACCGCCAAGAAUGGCGCCACCGGAACGCGUGAGAUAGAACCAUGUGGACUCAGUUUUUGCUGUUUUUGAAUACUUAUACUCAUUUUUCGUAAUUUUGGAUUUCAUGCCUUUCUUGCUAGGGCUUGAUCUUGACAUGGACAGGCAGGAAAAAUUUGUUCUUGAAGCUAAUAAGACUUUAAGGGCUUUUCAUAAUCCUCUUAUAGAUGAAAGGAUUGAACUGUGGAGGAGUGGUCAAAGGAAGGAAAUGCAAGAUUUGCUUGAUGUUUUUAUUACUCUUCAAGAUUCUGAUGGAAAGCCAUUCCUGACAUCUGACGAGAUCAAGAAUCAAGUAGCUGAAGUUAUGAUAGCAACAAUAGAUAACCCUUCAAACGCAGUGGAAUGGGCCAUGGGAGAAUUGCUAAACCAACCAGAAAUUCUAAAGAAAGCAACAGAAGAAAUAGACAGGGUGGUCGGAAAAGACAGACUUGUCCAAGAAUCAGACAUCCCUGAUCUUAACUAUGUCAAGGCAUGUGCAAGAGAAGCUUUUAGGCUCCAUCCUGUAGCCUACUUCAACCCACCUCACGUUGCUGCGCAAGACGCUGAAAUUUGCGGUUAUUUGAUCCCUGAAGGUAGUUGGGUCAUGCUCAGCCGAUAUGGUCUGGGCCGAAACCCAAAGACCUGGCCUAACCCACUCAAGUACGACCCUGAACGCCAUGAAGGAGAAGUGGUUUUGACCGAACAUGGCUUGAGAUUCAUAUCAUUUAGCACGGGAAGGCGCGGUUGCAUCGCGGCUUUACUCGGAACUUGCAUGACUACUAUGUUAUUGGCAAGAAUGCUUCAAUGCUUUACUUGGAGUCUGCCGGAUAAUGUCGAAAAGAUUGAUCUUUCCGAAGGAGUCGACGAGCUUUUUCCGGCCAAUCCCGUGGUGGCUUUUCCAAAGCCACGUUUGGCUCUUCAUCUUUAUCCUACUUCGCCAUGAAUGAAUGAACGGAGGGAUAUUAAGAUAUGCAAUUAAUUCAGAAUACUUUAAUACUUUGAAAUCUGAAAUAAAUAAAUAAAAUCCGACUUGCAUGGUUAUUAUGUAAUUAGGAGGUGAAAUUUAUGAGUAGAAGUUGCAUGUGGUGGCGGCUUUAUUGAUAGUAUCUUUACAACGCUUUUGUAUUUCAUCAAUGGCUUGCAAUUGUUUCAAUAAGUAAAUUUGCUAUUAAUUAAAAAAAGUCUUUCUUUCA